AAGGCAGGGAAACGCGGCGCCUUGAACGUUUGGAGCUUGUGAACGCCAUGAGCAGCGUAGGCGUCGCGCGCGUUUACCGGGGCACGUUCGCGCACUCCACACGGGACUCGGCGCUGCGCGUGCUCACCGACUUCGUGCUGGGGGUGAACGAGCAGGGCAAGAUCGCCUUUUUUGAGGAAGGUCAGAAUGUGGAAAGUCUCUCGCACCAAUGGGGCUUUGACACGUCAGAUAUUGAACAGCUCGGGUCUCAUGAGUUUUUCAUCCCGGGAAUGGUGGACACACACAUUCAUGCUUCGCAGUACAUUUUCUCGGGUACACACCUGGACUUGCCGCUCUUGGAUUGGCUCAAAACAUACACGUUCCCUGUGGAGUUGUGCUACGAGGACCUGGACUUCGCCAAGGAUGCCUAUACCAAAGUCGUGAGAAGAACGUUAAGCAAUGGCACCACGACCGCAUGCUAUUUCGCUACUAUACAUACAGACGCCUCGCUGCUGCUUGGGCGAAUUGCAGAUGACUUCGGGCAGAGGGCUCUCAUAGGGAAGGUGUGUAUGGACCGUAACAGCAUGGUCCCAGACUAUAAAGAACUAACAGAGGGAUGCAAAGACGAGACGGAUCGUUUUGUCCAUGAACUACUCAAGAAAAAGUAUGCUCUCGUAAAGCCUGUAGUGACGCCACGCUUUGCCAUAUCGUGUUCCUCCUCCCUGCUCAGCAAUCUGGGAAAGAUUGCCAAAAACUAUGAUCUUCACAUUCAGAGCCACAUCAGUGAGAACAAACAUGAGGUGCAGUUUGUAAAAGAGCUCUUUCCAGACUGCACAUCCUACACAGACGUCUAUGUGAAGCACGGCUUGCUCACAGACAAGACGGUGAUGGCUCAUGGUUGCUACCUGACUGAUGAAGAGCUGAAGAUCUUCCAUGAAAGAGGAGCAGCAGUAUCUCACUGUCCCAACAGUAACAUCUCAUUGAUCAGUGGAAUGCUUAACGUAAGGAACGUUCUAAAGCACAAAGUCAAGUUAGGCUUGGGCACAGAUGUCGCAGGCGGUUACUCCUCGUCCAUGCUGGAUGCUAUUCGCAGAGCUGUGGACACCUCUAAAGCCUUGUGCAUGCAGGACGCUCAGCUUCAGCCCCUCAGCUAUAAGGAAGCCUUCCGUUUGGCUACGCUGGGAGGCAGUGAGGUGCUCUCAUUGGAUGAUUGCAUUGGAAACUUUGCGGUCGGAAAGGACUUUGAUGCCCUGCGUGUGAACCUAUGCGUUCCUGGAAGCCCGGUCGAUUUGUUUCCUGGAGAUGACCCUGAGGUUAUUUUGGAGAAAUUUCUAAAUCUUGGUGAUGAUCGGAACAUCGUCGAGGUUUACGUGGCCGGUAAACAAGUGGUUCCUUUCCCUGACUCCUACUGAUUUUUCCGAAAGCUUUGUGGAAGCAGACCACCAACCAUGAGACAUUAAAAUGGUGCUCAUAUCUUAUCUUAUACAUUUUUAUUUAUGGACAGUUUUAGUUUGUUUUUUAAACUGUACUUGCUGCUCAUAAGAAAUAAAAGAGAUAUUUUACUGUU